AUGAAACUCGGCGGCGGCUUCCUCGGCAAGAGGGCGGCGGCCAUGGAGCCCUCCUUCCCCCCCGGCAUGGUGAUGUUCAACCACCGGCUGCCGCCGGUCGCCAGCUUCACGCGCGCCGCGGCCGCGCAGCACCCGCCGCCCUGCGCGCUGCCCCCGGCCGCCGCGGAGCCGCCGCACGACGGCGCCUUCAAGAAGGAGCCGCCGGGGGCUUUCCCCGCCGCCGCCGCCUCGCCGCCGCAGCGCGGCCCCUGGGGCUUCCUGCAGUCGCUGGCGAGCAUCAAGCAGGAGAAGCCGAGCGAGCAGGAGGAGGAGGAGCCGCCGCACCACCACUACGGGGGGCUCUUCGGGGCGGCGGCGGGCGAGGAGCGGCCCGCGGCGCUGGGCGAGGGCGGCGGGGCCCUCCCGGAGCUGGGGCUGCUGCAGCACCUGCAGCCGCCGCCGCAGCGCGAGCUCCUGCUGGGCGGCAGGGCCGAGGGCAACGCCGAGCCCAAGCACGACGCCCUGGCCAAGAAGGCGAAGAGGCCAAAGCCAGAAACUCAGGGAAUCAAAGCCAAGCGGAAGCCCGGCGCCGCGUCCAAGCCGCCCGCCGCCGGCGAGGCCGAGGGCGCCGCGGGCUCGCCCAGCCAGAAGCCCCACGUGUGCGAGCACUGCAGCGCGGCCUUCCGCAGCUCCUACCACCUGCGCCGGCACGUGCUCAUCCACACGGGCGAGAGGCCUUUCCAGUGCAGCCAGUGCAGCAUGGGCUUCAUCCAGAAGUACCUGCUGCAGCGGCACGAGAAGAUCCACAGCAGGGAGAAGCCCUUCGGGUGCGAUCAGUGCAGCAUGAAGUUCAUCCAGAAGUAYCACAUGGAGAGACACAAGAGGACGCAUAGCGGAGAAAAGCCAUACAAAUGCGACACUUGUCAGCAGUAUUUUUCGAGGACUGAUAGRCUCCUGAAGCACAGAAGAACGUGUGGUGAAGCCAUAGGCAAGGCGGGUGCCGGCGGGGAAGCUGGAGCCUCGAACCACAGCGUGGGUAGCCUGGCUGCGUUGUCUCAGGGAAAUACGAGUUCCUCAAGGAGAAAAAGCAAAGCAAAAAGUAUAUCCGUUGAAAGCAAAGGGAGCAAGUGUAGCAGUAAAGUAUCGGAGUCCCCAGCUACAAGUAACGUGGCCAUGCCAAAUUAUGCAGUUGAUAUUCCUGUCGUGUCUUCCAGCGGCGGUCUUGUUGGCACGGGUGUAGAAGAGCUCCAGAAAAAGGUGCCAAAGCUCGUCUUUAAAAAAGGAAGCCGAAAACACGCAGACAAAAACUACCUUAAUUUUGUAUCACCGCUGCCAGAUAUUCUGGGGCAAAAACCGUUGUCCGGGAAGCAGAGUGGCUCUUUAGGCCUAGGGACCAAUACUGGUGUGGAAAGUAUUGGCCUUCUCCAAAGUACAAGUGGGAAACCAGGUCAGAUCAGUAGCAAUUACGAUGAUGCCAUGCAGUUCUCCAAGAAAAGAAGAUACUUGCAAACUGCAAGCGGUAACAGUGCCUUUUCACUUAACGUCGGACACAUGACCUCCCAGCAGUCCGUUAUCCAGUCCGCAGGUGUUAGUGUUAUGGAUAACGAAGCUCCRUUAUCCCUUAUGGAUUCUGCAUCUCUAAAUACCGAAAUAAAGUCUUGCCAUGACAAGUCUGGUAUUCCUGAUGAAGUCUUACAGAGCCUUUUGGACCAGUACUCUCACAAAUCGGAGGGCCAGAAGGAAGAUCCGUUCAGCAUAACGGAGCAACGCGUGGACUUGCACACCUCAGGAGAACAUUCGGAGAUGGUUCAGGAAGAAAACUUGAGUCCCAACUCACAAACCGUUUCAAAUGAUAAGGCAAGCAUGUUGCAAGAAUACUCUAAAUACCUCCAACAAGCUUUUGAAAGAACGACCAAUAGCACUGGUUUUCCUUUUGGACCCAGUUUCCAGUUUGUUAGCUUGUCCUCAACCCUCCAUAACCACACUCUGUUUCAAGACAAACAGAUAUACACUACGUCUCCGCUCGAGUGUGGCUUCAGCCAAUCCGUUACCUCAGUGUUGCCAACUGCGUUGCCAAAACCUCCGUUUGGGAUGUUGCUUGGCUCUCAGCCAGGCUUUUAUUUAUCUGCUUUGGAGGCUACGCAUCAGCAGUUGACUCCUUCUCAAGAGCUYGAUGAUCUCAUUGAUCCGCAGAAAAACUUGGAGACUUCUUCCAGCUACCAGUCGACAUCUCAGAAACUGACUGGCCAGAAGGAGCAGAAAAAUUUAGAGUCCUCAACGAGCUUUCAGAUCCCGUCUCAGGAGUUAGCUAGCCAGAUUGAUCCUCAGAAGGACAUGGAGCCUAGAGCAACCUACCAGAUCGAGAACUUUGCACAGGCGUUUGGUUCUCAGUUCAAGUCGGGCAGCAGGGUGCCAAUGACUUUUAUCACUAACUCUAAUGGAGAAGUAGACCAUAGAGUAAGGACUUCAGUGUCAGAUUUCUCAGGGUAUACAAAUAUGAUGUCUGAUGUAAGUGAGCCAUGUAGUACACGAGUAAAAACCCCAACCAGCCAGAGUUACAGGUAAGGUCCCCCUGUGACUGGGCUGUGGGGUGUUUUUUUUAUGUAAUUUUGUUUUUACUUUGACAACACUGCCAUUGGAAUGUUUCUUACACGGUCCUAUCAAGAAUAAUGUAACAUGCCCUUUCAAUGCAACUUUUCAUAUUUAGGUUAUUUUGUUAGUGAGAUUUUUUUUAGAU